AUGCCGCGCAUCGAGCUCAACGGUGCCGAUUUCAACUACAGCAUCGCCGGCCCGGCCGACGGCCCGCUUGUGAUUCUGCUUCACGGAGGCAGAGGUUUCGGUGAUCACCGCUCGGAUUUCAGGGCGUACCAGCCGCUCGCCGAUCGGGAUGGAUACCGCAUUCUGGGCUUCGACUUCCGUGGCCACGGCCGUAGCUCGUGCACGCCGCCGUACACGUUCGCGCAGCUGGUGGACGACAUCGAGGCGUUCAGGCACCAUUUUGCCGGCGAGGAGAAGGCAGUGAUUGCGGGUGGAAGCUUUGGAGGCUACCUUGCGCAGCAGUAUGCUAUUACAUAUCCUGAUAAGGUAUCACAUUUGGUGUUGCGCGGGACGGCACCAUCCCAUCACCAUGAAGAAGAAGCUCUGAGCACUUUCGAGGCACGGCUCCACAAGGCUCCCAAUGCUUCGAUAGAUAUGGUUCAUAAAGUCUUUUCAGCAUUCGAAGAUGAUGAGGAAUUCAGACUUAUCAUCUUCGCCUUGAACCCGCUAUACGUCGAGACGUACGACGCCAACGCAGGGCUGAAGAAGAUUCGCGAUACUGUCUUCCGUGCGGAGACUCAUAAUUCCUUGUACUCUCAGCAGGAGAAGUAUUUUGAUUAUCGUAACGACCUUCACAAAGUCAAAGCCAAGACUUUGAUCAUCGUGGGAGACCAGGACUGGAUUUGUCCACCGAACCGUGGUGGAACGUUUUGCGAUGUGUGGGCGCACACGGCUGAUGGGAAAGAGACCGUCUUCAAGCUUCUGUCUGUCGACCCUUCGUCUUACCCAGACGCGCCAACAGAAGGGAUCAGGAGGGUACUGGAGCAGGUGACUGGCCAGUCUAUACCCAAGGGCCAACCACUUGACGGCAGUUUGAUCGAAUCAGUAAGAGUUGGAACGACCGUGGCAACGAAUGCUCUGUUGGAACGCAAGGGAGAACGCUUCGCCCUGCUGACCACCGAAGGGUUUCGGGACAUCUGUCGCAUCGGUGAUCAGACAAGACCGAAGCUGUUUGAGCUCAACAUUCGGAAGCCGGGUGUGCUCUACUCUAAGGUCAUCGAGAUUGCCGAGCGUGUGACGGUGGAAGACUACGUUCUGAACCCACAUCCUUCCGAGAUCGACCUCUCCGAUCCCGAUCUUGUCAAGACGGCCAGUGGAGAGGUAAUUCGGAUCCUAAAGAGGCUCGAUCAUAGUGUUGUUAGAGAACAGCUUCAAAGCUUGUUCGAUGAAGGCUUCCGUUCCCUGGCUAUUUGCUUCUUGCAUUCCUACCUUUUCCCUGACCAUGAGAAAGACGUAGCACAGAUUGCCCGCGAUGUGGGAUUCGAGCACAUCUCACUAUCGUCGGAGUUGAGCCCGAACAUCAAGAUUCUGCACCGCACCACCUCGGCAUGUGCUGAUGCAUACCUCUCCCCUACGGUCAAGAGGUAUGUAGAUGGCUUCAUCUCUGGUUUCUCUGUGUUGCCCAAUAGGGUGGACUUUAUGCAGUCAGAUGGCGGUCUGAGCGCAGCAUCAAAAUUCACUGGCUUGAAAGCCAUCUUAAGUGGACCCGCAGGCGGAGUUGUUGCCAUCGCCCGAACAUGUUACGAUCCCGCCGAAGGCACCCCAGUAAUCGGAUUUGAUAUGGGUGGGACAAGCACGGAUGUCAGCCGCUUUGAUAAGAUGUUCGAGCACGUUUUCGAUACCACCAUCAGCGGGACUACCAUCACUUCCCCCAUGCUUGACGUCAAGACUGUUGCCGCCGGCGGAGGAUCAAUCCUCAGCUGGAGAAACGGCCUUUUUGUCGUCGGACCCGAGAGCGCUGGUGCGCAUCCUGGCCCCGCUUCAUACCGCAAGGGUGGACCACUCACUAUUACGGAUGCGAACUUGUUCCUUGGCCGACUCGUGCCAGAGAAGUUCCCAUCGAUCUUCGGCCCGCAAGCAAACGAGCCCCUUGAUGUCGACAUUGUGAAGCAAAAAUUCCACGAGUUGACUGCAGAGAUCAAUGCCACACUGGAGAAUAAGCUGACGGCUGAGCAAGUGGCGUCUGGAUUCCUCGCAAUGGCGAAUGAGACUAUGAGUCGUCCGAUUCGGAACAUUACUGAAGCUAGAGGGUUUGCCAUGAGCAAGCACAAUCUCGCCAGUUUUGGUGGUGCGGGUGGCCAGCACGCUUGCGCGAUUGCACAAAUCCUGGGAAUGCCUCGGAUCAUCAUUCACAAGUACUCGUCUAUCCUAUCUGCGUACGGGAUUGGAUUGGCAGAUAUUGUGUCUGAGACGGCGGUCCCUGCAGCAUACGCAUUCUCGGACAAAGUGCUGGACACGGUGAUUGCUAAAUUCGAAGAGCUGAAAACCAAGACUACUGCGGAGCUUGUUUCUCAAGGAGUUCAGGCAGAGCUCGUGGAGCAUGAAUGCUACCUGAGUAUGCGGUACGAGGGGUCUGACACGAACCUGUCCAUCCUGCAGCCUGAGAACAACGACUUCGGUACGGCGUUCGUGGAGACUCAUCGCCGCGAGUUUGCCUUUGAACUGGCCAACCGUCCGAUUGUGGUAGAUGCCGUCAGAGAGUUGUCUGAAAUCGGUGAUGGGACUGCUCCGGAAGUGCCCUCUACCAAGCAGGUUUUCAUCGAUGGCAAGUGGCAAGACGUACCGGUUUAUGAGCUUGCCAACCUUCUCCCAAAGACAAAGCUUACUGGACCUGCGCUUGUUAUCGACAACACUCAGACAAUCUUGGUGGAGACAGACUGCAAGGUCUCAGUACUCAACUCGCACAUUAUCAUCGACCUGCCAAGCAAGGAGACGGUCAACUCGGAUGCAGACGACUCAAUCAAUCCCGUCGAACUUUCGACUUUCGCCAGUAGAUUCAUGUCGAUUGCGGAGCAGAUGGGCAAUACCCUGCAGCGGACGUCGAUCAGUACCUCAAUCAAGGAGAGACUCGACUUCUCCUGUGCUCUUUUCACCCCAGACGGCAAACUUGUGGCAAACGCUCCGCAUAUUCCAGUCCAUCUCGGCUCAAUGCAGUUCGCCAUCCAAUACCAGCACUCGAUCUGGGAGGGCAAACUCCAACCGGGCGACGUGCUCCUAACCAACCACCCCGAAUGCGGCGGCACGCACCUCCCCGACCUAACCGUCGUCACGCCCGUCUUCGCCUCGGGCCAGCUCAUCUUCUACGUCGCCUCACGCGGCCACCACACGGACAUCGGCGGCAUCGGCAUCACGAGCAUGGUUCCGGACUCCAAGUUCCUCUGGCAAGAAGGACUAGCCGUGAAGUCGCUCAAGAUCGUCAGCGGCGGCGCCUUCGACGAGGCUACCGUGCGCAAGGCCUUCCUCGACGUGGCCAACGGGCCCGGCUGCAGCGCGACGCGGCGGCUGAACGACAACAUCUCGGACCUGAAGGCCCAGAUCGCCGCGAACCAGCGCGGCAUCACGCUGCUGCAGGCCAUGUGCGCCGAGGCGGGCACGCCGCGCGUGCAGAAGUACAUGUACGGCAUCCAAGCCAACGCCGAGCUCGCCGUACGCGCUCUCUUCAAACGCAUCGCCGCCUCCAAACACAACAGCAACAACAACAGUGACGAACCCACCAUCCUCCACGCCCAGGACUUCUACGACGACGGCACCCCCGUCGCCCUCACCAUCACCAUCACGCCCUCCACCGGCUCCGCCAUCUUCGACUUCACCGGCACCGGCGCGCAAACCCUCGGCAACAUGAACUCGCCAGCAGCCAUCACGCACUCCGCCGUCAUCUACGCGCUGCGCUGCCUCAUCGACCUCGACAUCCCGCUCAACCAGGGCUGCCUCAACCCCGUCUCCAUCCUCAUCCCUAAACGCUCCAUCCUCAACCCCUCCGGCGCCGUCGCCGUGUGCGGCUCGACGAUCGCGUCCCAGCGCGUCACCGACGUCAUCUUCAAAGCCUUCGGCGCCGCGGCGGCGAGCCAGGGCUGCGCGAACAGCUUCGGCUGGGGCAUGGGCGGGAAGGAUCCCGACACGGGGGAGGUUAGGCCCGGGUGGAACUACGGAGAGGCGCUGGGGGGAGGGAGUGGGGCGGGCGAGGGGUGGGACGGCGCGGACGCGGUGCAGGUGCAUUCGACGAACACGAAGACGACGGAUCCGGAGGUGAUUGAGCGGCGGACCCCCGUCGUGGUGCGGCGGUAUGCGGUGAGGGAGGGGACGGGCGGGAAGGGAAGGUGGAGGGGCGGACAUGGGGUGAUCAGGGAGGUCGAGGCGAGGUGUCCGCUAAGGUUUAGCAUUUUGAGUGAGAGGAGGGUGUAUAGUCCGUAUGGGAUGAAUGGAGGCGGAGAUGGGAGUGUCGGGAAGAAUUAUUGGAUUAGGAGGGGGGAGGAUGGCGGGGGUGAGGAGGAGUGGAUCUCGUUGGGUGGGAAGGCGGUGGUUGAUGUUGCGCCGGGGGAGCGCGUGAUGAUUUGCACGCCUGGUGGCGGUGGCUGGGGAAUCCCGCUCGGGAAUGAUACAGCCCAUGGGGAUGUGCGGCCUCUUCCGACGCAAUAG